AUGUAUAAAGUAAUAUUGUGCGUUCUCAGUUGUUAUGUGAUAGGUUCUCAGUCGGCUGCAGCGCCCUUCAUAACUCCCUGCAAAAUCGGUGACAAUGAAUGCUUGGUAAAGGCAGCGCAAGCCGCCGUCCCGUACUUUUCUGCCGGAAUCCCCGACCUGGGCGUCCCUCCAGUAGACCCUCUCAUCAUUGACGAUGUCAACGGUGAUAACGGCGACUUGAAACUACAAUUUAAAGAUAUGAAGGUCGUGGGAUUGGCGCAGUGCAAGUUCAUUUCUGCUUCGCUCUCAGAUAAAAAGAACUUGGAAUUUGUGAUCGAGUGCCCCAUCGACGCCGUGGGUAAAUACACUCUGGGCGGCAAACUCGCCGUGAUCGCCGUUGAGGGAGAUGGCAACUUUGAAAUUAAAACAGGUAAUCUUGUCUAA